CACCGGCUUCAGCCGAUUUCUGAUAAGGUCCAUGACGGGUUAUUUGCGAUGCUUACGAAAUUCCAACAUGCCGGUCCGGUCUGGUGAGUUCACCUUGAUCGAUCAUCAUACAUCAGAAAACGAGUCUCAGAUGCAAGUUGAGUGGUUCGUUUGAUGAUCCAAUCAUGGGUGACCCAAUGCAUUCUCGUAGUCCAAAUAGAGCAUUGUCAACUAGGCUCAGCAGAAGCACAAACGCGUGCGUGAGGUGUCGUAGGAGGAAACAGCGGUGUGAUCUGCGCUAUCCGAAAUGUUCAAGCUGCGAAACUGCGCAAGUGCCUUGCCUAGCUUAUGAUAGCGAGAAACAGGCCGAGAUCCCACGUAAUUACGUGUCAAUCCUUGAGGCAGAAGUUAGGCAACUCAAAUCUGAGCUUGAAGGUCUGAGGAGACAGAGUGUAUCGACGACCAUCCCCUCUGCUAGUCCAAUGCCGGCGGGCCAAGAUGAUCACCAGAGCGUCAGUUCGCCUAUUGCCGCGCCAACGGUGCAAUCAACUGCAUCGGAUCCGCAAGAAGUUGUCAAGUCAAUGGGCUUGGUUAUGUUGGAUAGCGGUAGCCAACCGAAAUUCAUGGGAACGAGCAGUGGCGUCACGUUCGCAAAGAUGGUCAUUGCAUGCGUGAAAACUGAUAUUUCGAUUCCAAUGUCCCCAAGCACUUCGAGGGGGUCAGUUCGGAUGGCCGCACCACCUCCUAUCAUCACAUCAUCGCUGCCUCCUCGUCACGCGGCUCAACAUAUUUCGGACGUCUACUUCCGAUACCGGACGCCACAUGUACCAAUACUAACAAGAUCAAGAGUGAAUGAAGUGCUGGAGCGCGUAUACGGCGCAUUCGAAUCUCAUCGACCCGACUUUUCGAGAGUCGCAGAAGGAGAUAUGUUCAUCGCGUAUAUGGUUUUCGCCGUCGGACUCUGUAGCCUACCAGUUGCGGGAGGGUCAAGACCACCCCAGAGCGAAGGUUGUUUCAACUCAGCUCUUCGAUGCAUUGACAAGCUUCUCUCAUACUCAUCCAGCGACCUUGAAACCUUAACGGUGGUGUUGCUCUUGGCUCAGUAUAUCGCCUUGAAUCCCAGCAAAGGGAGUUUGUGGCAACUUACUGGUAUAGGAAUACGUCUAUGCAUUGACCUGGGCUUACAUUGGGAAACGGAGGCGAUACUCGCUUUGCCCCAAUCGGUCCUCAAUGAGAGACGAAGACUAUUCUGGGCCGCUUAUCGAUUUGAUCGCCUUCUCGCGAUCACUCUUGGAAGACCUUUUGGCAUUGCUGACCAGAGCAUCAGUGUCGGCUGUCCGGAUCCUUAUUCUGCGCAGCAUCUUAGCCCAACCGAAGUACAUGGCCAACGCAUGGCCAACCAUAUUAUUGGUCUAUACAAGCUCGAGUCCGAGAUCAAACACGUCCUCUACCACCAGCUUCAAGGCGCAACACUAGCCUACCCCCGCGCCAACUAUGCAUUAUGGUUUCGCGAUAUUCAGCCGCGACUCUGUGCUUGGAAGGACGAAAUACCUGACAUUAGUAAGGCGGAUUCCGAAAGUAUCUACUCGCACCAAUCUUGGUGGGAUGCUAUGUGGCUCAACGCCAUUUUGUUGCUCCAUCGACCCAACCCGCUAGUACCGCAUCCCACGACGGAAUCGCUGCAAACGUGUUUCGACGCGGCUUGUCAACUAAUCAAAGCGAUCAAGACUUUACAAAGAGAUGGGAGAAUUUGCGUCAUUUGGCAAACCGUGCACAGCCUUUUCCUUGCAGGUUUGAUUAUGAUUUAUUGCAUUUGGGAAUCUGCGGAUGUUCGGGAUAAAGGACGUGUUCUCGAUAUCGUCACUACGGCGCAAGACUGUGCCAGUACCCUCACAGCCCUAGCGGAGCGCUUUCCUGACGCGUGUGGGUGUAGAGAUGCGUUCGAAUCCCUCUCAGCGGCGACUUUAAAGUGGCUAGUAUCAAGAGAUCAGGGAAACACUACUCAACCAACGCCCAGCGAGAUCAGCGCGUUGAAACAGCAUAUGCCUUUCUCCACAACAGCAUGGAGGGCUGAAGAACCCACGAGCAUCUUUCCGGAGGAGCCCUUCGAGUUCGCCGAAUAUCUUAUCGCGGCAUCACAAUGGCCAGGUUCUAGUAGUAACGAUGUCGGGAACUCGUUCAAUUUGCAAGAUGUUUUUGAUUCUCCAAGUGCAGAUUUUGGAUGAAACUUCGAGGUUCUACUUCGUAAUGUUCCAAACAAUAACGCCACGAUAGAUAAGCUUAAGGGGCUUUGCAGUGGCAUGUACCACAGCGUAUCCCCAAGCCACAAAUAAUCACAGGACUUCCACAGCCACGGGUUUC